AGGCGGAUGUUUCCUCCCUUCAAAGUGAGGAUCUCGGGACUGGACAAGAAGGCCAAGUAUAUUAUGUUAAUGGACAUCGUUGCCGCUGACGAUUGUAGAUACAAAUUUCAUAAUCGACGCUGGGUAGUGGCCGGAAAAGCUGACCCCGAGAUGCCCAAAAGGAUGUACAUCCAUCCAGACUCUCCCAGUACUGGAGAACAGUGGAUGCAGAAGGUGGUGUCCUUCCACAAGCUGAAGCUGACCAACAACAUCUCGGACAAGCAUGGAUACACUAUCCUGAACUCGAUGCACAAGUACCAGCCGAGGUUUCAUCUUGUCCGGGCUAACGACAUCCUCAAGCUACCGUACAGUACGUUCCGUACGUACGUCUUCAAGGAGACCGAAUUUAUCGCAGUCACAGCUUAUCAAAACGAAAAGAUAACGCAGCUGAAAAUUGAUAACAACCCGUUUGCUAAAGGGUUCAGAGAUACGGGGGCUGGAAAACGAGAAAAGAGACGCCAAGAAAUCUCGCUACACGAUCAGCGUUCAUCACGACAAAUAACCGAACCCGAUCACUUGUCCUCAGAAGAACAAGAUGGCCUUUCUGACGAGGAGGAAAGGAUUGACGUAGAUGGAAUAAACGAACCCAGUCUGUCACAAAAUAAUCUUGCAAGAGACGAACAGAAAACACACGAGAACAACGGUAGUUUCAAGACUGCUAGCAACCAACAGGCAAGGGAGGUUACGGCUACGGAUAUAGUUUCUUUACAUAGUGACCAUUAUGGUAAGCACUUAGAAGAAAAGGCCAAACCUUCAGCCUCCGAAGUUUCGUCUUCAGGCCACUCACCAAAUGGCUUAGAUCUCGUCGCUUCUGGACAGUUUUCGACUCCGAGCGUGUCUUUCGGAUCAGCAGUGAUGCAUCCUCCUACAAGCAUGAUGCCAUAUUUAUAUCCCUCGUCCUUCUACAGCCAUUUCUUUCUGCCGCCAAGUUUAGCUUCACUGUCUACUUCCACAUCAGCCCAGUUUCACCCACUUCUUUCUCACGGUUACACAGGGCUCAUGGAGUUAGGACAUCGGCUAGGGCAGCAACGUUUUUCUCCAUACCCCCUCUACAAAUCAACAACGAAUCCCGUCACAACAUCUACCUCCCCUACCCCUUCCCUAUCGGCGUCAUCUCACGCCGCUUUCUUAGCCACUUCCCCCCUUCCAACUACACUUCGAGGAGAUUUGCUUGAAGGGUACCCACAUCAGGCGAUGUCUGGGGGAGUUAGUGAACUGAAAAACAUGGAAACCCUGGUCAACGGCCUGACCAAUGGUCAUAUUUUGGCGCGUUAACAUUCAGCUUGCUUUUUUUUUUAAACCGUAUGUUCUCGAUUGAAACUAUUGUACUCGUUGUUGUUGGCCUACUUUUCCACAGUUUCAUGUAAAGUUGAAACUUGUAAAUAUUUCAUUGCGUUCAAAGAAAUUCUAAGCAACGAAGUAAAGUUAAUAUUUGCUGAUUAGUCAAGCUCCCGUUAUUCAAAUAUUUUGAUCAGGCAAAGAAAGUUAUUAUUUUGGAGUUUUGUUUAUGUGACGAAGCGAGUAUCUUCAAAUUGUCACGUGAUUCGAAUGUUGAUUGAACCAAUCACAACACAGCGUUGCAGAUGUAUUUGUU